CCCAAUUCACCACGGCUGAGGACCGAGCGCGCGCUCUCCAGCUUUUCACAAUCCUGCCACUAACUUUGCGGAAUGUCAUUUUACUUAUUGCGUAUUUUUUCGGCGAGUUGUUUUUAAAGAAUACAUUUGAAGGAUAUCCUCACUGUGUGUUUAUACUACAGCUCUUUACCGACAGGGUAUUACUACUUGUACGCGUUGAACGCUAUCAGUGGUCACUUUUUAGUCAAAGAAACCUCUAAACUGAGCUGCUUUCUUUCUCCGAGCACAGCACAUGCUAUUUAGUCCUAACGCUUGGUCUUGUAUAUCAUUUAUAACUAAGCUGUGUGUGUUUUUACAGAGCACUCUUUUAGUGGGGCAAGAGUUUGUUGUUUUUAAACGAAGUCGUUUUUCUUUCUCUGGAUGGCAAUCCGUCUGUUUUCCAUGUGAGAAUCUGUAGCGAUAACCAACGCCUUUGCUGUGAGCCAUAAAGCGUGUGGUGUUGAGCACAAACACCAUCAAGCAGAGACAGCUCUGUGCGCCAUCACUUCUGGGGUUUGUUUGGUUUUUUUUUUUGGUCUAGCGUCGUUUCGGUUGUUUGUUGUUUAAAUCAACAAACGGUUUAUAGGUGAAGAUGGGUUGCACCCUAAGCGCUGAGGACAAAGCCGCGAUAGAGAGGAGCAAAAUAAUCGAUAGGAACCUGCGGGAAGACGGAGAGAAAGCGUCCAGAGAAGUCAAACUGCUGCUACUGGGUGCUGGUGAAUCAGGAAAAAGCACGAUAGUUAAGCAGAUGAAGAUCAUUCAUGAAGAUGGCUACUCAGAAGAGGAGUGCAAGCAGUACAAGGUCGUGGUGUACAGCAACACGAUCCAGUCAAUCAUUGCCAUCAUCAGAGCUAUGGGCCGUUUAAAGAUUGACUUUGGUGACCCAGCAAGAGCUGUGAGUGUCUCUUUUAUUCAUAAAAAAUUGUUGGCCGCACAAGGUGUAUUGCUUUUUGACAACGUGUUUGGUUUCCAGGACGACGCCCGGCAGUUGUUUGUGCUGGCUGGGACAGCGGAAGAAGGGGUUAUGACCCCUGAGUUGGCUGGGGUCAUCUGCAGGCUGUGGAGGGACAACGGAGUCCAGAGCUGCUUUGUCAGGUCCAGAGAGUAUCAGCUCAAUGACUCGGCUUCCUAUUAUCUGAAUGAUCUGGAGAGGAUAUCCCAACAGAGCUACAUGCCCACACAGCAAGAUGUGCUAAGGACUCGCGUCAAGACCACAGGCAUUGUGGAAACUCACUUUACCUUUAAAGAGCUCUACUUCAAGAUGUUUGAUGUGGGAGGCCAGCGCUCCGAGAGGAAGAAAUGGAUUCACUGCUUCGAGGGUGUCACAGCUAUUAUCUUCUGCGUAGCGCUGAGUGAUUACGACUUAGUGCUGGCUGAGGAUGAGGAGAUGAACCGCAUGCAUGAGAGCAUGAAGCUGUUUGACAGCAUCUGCAACAACAAGUGGUUCACCGACACCUCCAUCAUCCUCUUCCUAAAUAAGAAGGACCUGUUUGAGGAGAAGAUCAAGAAGAGUCCUCUCACUAUCUGUUACCCUGAAUACUCUGGUUCUAACACGUAUGAAGAGGCCGCGGCUUACAUCCAGUGCCAGUUUGAGGAUUUAAACAAGCGAAAGGACACCAAGGAGAUAUAUACACACUUCACCUGUGCCACCGACACCAAGAACGUGCAGUUUGUCUUUGAUGCAGUCACUGACGUCAUCAUCAAGAACAACCUGAUCGAGUGUGGACUCUACUGAAGCAGCAUGUUUGUUUGCCAAGUCAAUGUAGUGGGACUAAGGAGCAAUGCCUCUUGGGAUGGAUCUCAUUGUCGCUGCCUGUAUUGGAUUCCAGUCAGUGGGGGAAAAUGACGAGACUCACAGUGCUGCUACCACACGCUGUACACCGUAGUUCUUACUGUGCAUUUUGGAGAAACUCUUUAACCUUCUUUAUUGGCGGUAUUAUUGUCUGUUUGUCUUUACUUCUCAGACGCAUUAGAGAGAGGUCAAGAUGGAUGAAUGUUUUCUGUCCAUGUUGAAAUUACAGUUCAUUCUAGUUGCCGAAUGACUGAUUGGUCAUUCUUUUGGCUGUUACAGUAAAUAAACUAGUUCUAUGCACACACCAGAAUCCUGAAAGGUUGAGAUGCAUCUUGCCAAAAGAGGAAUUUCUGACUAUCAUCCGCUACAUAACUGUGAUUUCUUCAGUUUCUCUCAUUAGGUUUAUAGGUAAGUUAUUGAUAUUCAGUUUCUUUUGAGUUCUUUAUCUUUAUUUCGGGACCACGGUUUAAUGGAAACAAGACAAAUGAAGGUGUUCACAUAAGUAAAGCAUUUUCACUCAACACACCUGUAGCUGUUUAGUUUCAGAGGUAUAACAUAGAUUGUAGUUGUUUUUAUAACCAAAAAGUGAAUAGUAGCUAAAUACUUCUGCUUAUUUCUUCUAUCCUUCUCUCGCUCUUUUUUUUUAUUUUUUAUGUGAACCACUACAUAACACACUUUUUGCUCAUUACACUUGUGUAUGAAUUAUUAUUGAUUAAAUAAAUUCAUGACUGCAUGCUAAUGGAACUAAUGAGUGGGUCAAGAACAUUUUUGUAAUAAAUGUUGUAGAAAUUGUGAAGUUCCUGCAUGGAGGCUGAAUUUACAUUCACUGCUUGAUAUUCUGAAGGUUUCAUUGCUGGGACAUAAAAAAACAAAAACAAAACAAGUCGAUGGGCGUUAAUCUUUAUGGCAGGUGUACUUACAGUGUGUAAAUAUACGUUUAUUUUUACAUAAAUCUUUAACUUUUUGAAUUAAAUGCUUGUUUUCAAAAAAUAACCUAGAGUGUCUGAAAACUGCAUUAGUGAUCUGUGCUUUUAACAGUGACAGACAAACAAAACAGCUGUUUGUCAGGUUGAUCUGCUUUAGGUCACACAUUUCUACUCUUUAUUUGCAUUUUAAAACAUUUGGAAAUGUUGAACUUUUUGAAGUAGUUUUAACUGUUACCUUACAGAUAAAGUCUAAAAUUUUAAUGUAGCCCAGACUGUAAUAUGUGUAAUUCUUGUUAAGAUCUUAUUAAGGGCUGUUGGAUGUACUAUGUUAAUCCUGUGGAUUUUUGUUUUAUAAAACAAACCAACAUCAUGGACUGCUUUGUAAUUAGUACUGGUUUAAUUAUCUAACAUGUUUCAUCAUGUUACCCAGUUAAGCUUGACUUUUGCAUUGCUACAACACAGUGUUAUGCAGUGUAUAAAAGUAUUAUUAUCCAUAUCCAGCAAUAUGGCUCAUUUUGUACAGGUCGAUUGAUGCCUCUCCUCCUUAUACAACACUAUUUUGUUUCUUGCUUGAAAACAGUUUUUUAAAAUCUUUUUUUUUUUUUUUUGUCUUCUAUUUUCUGUACUGGUUCACUAAUAUCUAUUAAAACACACACAAACUGAA